UGCUUAAUUCGGACUACAAGUACCGACAGGCUGAGCGGGAUUUGCUAUGGCAGCGGUGUUAGAGGAGAAUGGCUGCAGCAGGCAGAGCAGCCCCAGUGCCGGGGACUCUGAUGCAGAGCCGGGGGACACUGCCCGUCACAAGUUGGAAUCUCUGCUCAACCGCAACAUGAGGAUUGAAAUGACAGACGGACGCUCCCUGAUUGGCUGCUUCCUCUGUACGGACAGAGACUGUAACGUCAUCUUGGGCUCCGCCCAGGAGUUUCUGCGACCGUCCGACUCCUUUCCUGUGAGGGAGCCGCGGGUGCUGGGUCUGGCCAUGGUUCCUGGGCAUCACAUUGUGUCCAUCCAAGUGGAGCUGGAGAGUGUCACCUCCCCGCAGUAUAUCUGAUUGGGGGACAAUCACACCAAUGUUGCUUGGGAAGCCCAGCCCCUGAGUACAGUGCCCGCCCCUGAGGACCCACCUGUCUAUAAACUUGGAGGAACAUGUGAUUGAAGCUGCGUGUGCCACGCGUGUUCUGUGCCAGGCUGUUACCUGGGUUGGUGUUGCUUAUAUGUUUGUUGUCACUUUGUAAUUAUUGUAUAAAAUCCAUUGCUAAAGGGGCGGGGCCCCACUACUGAUCAUUUUGUUGUUUCCUCGUACACCCUGGCACCCCCGUACCCCCACACCAGUUACAAGACGCCCGGCUACAGAUAUUCAGAUUUUACACAGAGACACUGAAAGAUAUUGUAUUUCAUAUGAAAAUUUGUACAAGUGAAAAAAAUCAUUGACAAUAAACACAUUACAUAGC